AUGGCUGAGCAGAUAGAGAGCCGCCUGGAGCAUUGGGCGGGGGAGCUGCUGCUGCAGCAGCGGCUGCAGCUGCUGCAGCAGCAAGAAGUGCGGAUUUUGCUGCAGCGGCGCAGAGAAUUCGAAUAUGCCAUUUCCGCAAGAAGGCCUCUUCCCCCGCUGCUGUUUCUGCGCUAUGUGUCUUUCGAGUUGUCUCUGUACUGCUUGAUAAGGGGCCGCAGCAAGCAGAAGCUGCUGCUGCUGCGGCAGCAGCUGAAGCAGCAGCGCAGCGAGCAGCAGCGCCGCCGCCGCAGCAGCAGCAGCAGCAGCAGCAGCAAGGCGGAGCGGCGGUACAAGGCCAUGCGCAGCAGCAACGGGGCCUUCUUGCGGGCAGUGGUGUCUCGAGUGAGUUCGAUCUUUGCGCGUUUGCUGCUGCGGCACGGCAGCAGCAGCAGCAGCAGCAGCAGCAGCAGCAGCAGCAGCAGCAGCUUGUGGUUUUGCUUCAUCGACGUGCUGCUGCAGCUGGGCGCCACGCGCGCCGUGCUGCAGCAGCUCAUGAGGGCCCUCGCGCUGCACCCCUGCUGCAGCAGCCUCUGGCUUAUGGCAGCAGAUCGUUUGCUGCAGCAGGGGCAGCUGCAGGCAGCUCGCCGUUUGCUGCUGCUGGCGCUGCGCUUCUGCCCCAAAGACAGCAGCGUCUGGCUGCAGCUGCUGCGGCUGGAGGCUUCUGCUGUUUACAGACUCUGCGCCAGCAGGCUUUCCAGCAGCAAACCAGCAGCAGCAGCAGCAGCAGCAGCAGCAGCAGCAGCAGCAGCAGCGGGGGCUGCUGCUGGCGAGCGGGACCCGAAGCCCGCGGAAGACGGCGACGAAGGAGACCUCGACGUCCUGCAGCUGCCACAAAUCAGCAGCAGCAGCAGCAGCAGCAGCAGCAGCAGCAGCGUGAACAAGGCAGCAAAAAUGGCGGUGGAGGAGAAGGUGCUGCCCGUGUCGCUGCAGCCCUGCAAGCUCAUUGUGACUGCAGCAGCAGAGCGGCUUGCUGCAGCUCCUGCUGCAGCAGCAGCAGCAAAAGGCAGCAGCAGCAGCAGCAGCAGCAGCAGCGCGGACACCAGCGAGAGGGACGCCUUCCUGCUGCAGGCCCUGGAACUGUCUCUGCAGCUGGAAGCAAGUGCAGCGCAGCAGCUGCUGCAGCAGGAGACAGCAGAGCUGCAGCAGCACUUAGCAGCACAGCUCACUGAGGCAGCGCAGCAGCAGCCGCUGUUUGAGCCCCUGAGGUGGAAGCUGCUGCUGCUGGAAGCGGUGCAGCAGCAGCAGCAGCAGCAAGAGCAGCAGCAGCAAGAGCAGCAGCAGCAAGAGCAGCAGCAGCAAGGCGUUAUGGACUGCUUUGAAGCAAUCAUUGGGACUGCUGCAGAUACACCGCAAACUGCAGUGCUGCUGGGCCCCUUCCUUUCCACCUUGGAAGCAGCAAGCCGCAGCAGCAGCAGCAGCGCCAGCAGCAGCAGCAGCAGCAGCAGUGCCAGCAGCAGCAGCAGCAGCAGCAGCAACUGGUUCGACUCCAUCGAGGUGGUGAUUGAUGUGGAGGGCGAAGACGCGCCCAUUGAGGUCCAUGAUGGUGAGCAGCUGAUGCAACAGCAGCAGCAGCAGCUACAGCAGCAGCAGCAGCAGCAGCAGCAGCAGCAAGAGCAGCAGCAAGAGCCAGAAAGCAGCGAAGAAGCCUCAGCUAGGGACGCCGUGUCGGCUCUCAGCCAAAAUGGCUUCCCCCAGGCUGGGAAGCUGCUGCUGCUGCUGCCUGGUGUGCUGCGGGUCUGCUGCUUACAACCCAGCAGCAGCAGCAGCAGCAGCAGCAGCAACAGCAGCAGCAGCCGGGAUGAUAUAAGCAACUUGCAGCUGCUGGCGGAUGCAGCAAGCCUGCAGCACCAAGCAGCAAGCAUCUGGAACGCACUUUGGUGUGCACCGCAGCAGCAGCAGCAGCAGCAGCAGCAGCAGCAGCAGCAGCAACGGCGGCAUAUCCUGCAGCUGCUGCAGCAGGCGCUGCUCUCCAUCACAGAUCGAAUUACGGAGUUGGAGCAGCAGCAGAAGCAGCGGCAGAGACGCAGCAGCAGCAGCAGCAGCAGCAGCAGCAGCAGCCCGUCAGAAGUAGCAGAUGAAAUGCAGCGGGAAGCAGCAGCAGCACUUGCUGCUGCCUCGCACGAGGUGCUGCUGCGGCAUGCUGCCGGCACACUGUCUGUGCUGCUGGGGCGGCUUGCUGCUGCUGCUGCUGCAGCAGCUGCUGCUGCGAAGCAGCAGCAGCUGCUGCAGGAAGCAGCAAAUGUUCUCGAGCGCGUGGUGUCUGUACACCCCGGGGCCAGUGCUGCUCUCGCGCUGCACUUCCUGCGGGCCAAGCUGGCAGCAAAGAGCAGCAGCAGCAGCAAAAGCAGCAGCAGCAAGAGCAGCAGCAGCAGCACGGGACUGCUGCAGCUGUUGAAGCGACUGCAGCCCAGCAGUGUGUCUGCUGCUGAGGGGAAGCUCCUUGCUGCUGCGCUUCUCGAGG